AUGGGUUGUAUCCCACCGCAUGUCUGUAUGGUGUUGUCGCACAGCAUGUACGAUCGAGCUAUCGGGAUGCAUCAAAUCGCGCUCCGACUUGCUCCAGACUCUCCGAACACUUUGUCCAGCCUAGCUCUGGUCUAUGCCAUGACCGAAAGAAUGGAUGAAGCGAUCGAUUGCUUGCAUCGAUCUCUAGGUGUACGACCAUCAGUGACCGGAGCCGGGGGACUGGCUGCGACUAUUUUCAGUGUCUGCAUCGAGUCGCUGACCAGUAACAAAUCCGGUCAAACUGUGGGAAAAAACAUCCCGGAUUCACCGCCCCAAAAGCACCUGUCCUCUUCUGGAGCAGGUAGUUUCCCGGGGUCGGAGAAAGUCCGCUUCAAGAAGCGGUCUCCAGAUGCCUCAGCUACAUCCAAAUCCUCUGCAAAUGCACUUUACCUGGAUGUAGUAUAUCAUUCAGUCCCAACUGAAACACCUAGUCGAUCGUUGGACACAAGCGACGAGGAUGUGACAAUGGAACUCGGUUGA